AUGGCGUGUGAGACGUUUUUAAUUGGGGAACAAGUUAUAAAUUUAUCUGAAUAUAAGUGGAUUGGAAAUAAUCGCAAACUGCAGAACAAACGGUCCAAACGUGGUAGUGAUGGCAAUAUUGGUGAUAUACAGAUUUUAGAUGAUUUUAACGCUCGGUGUGGUGACAAUUCAGAAAUGAUUGAAGGAAUAGACAAUGUUUCAUUACGUACAGUGAUACAUCGGAAAGAAAAUUCCCACGGCGAUUUAUUGAUGAACUUUUUAACAGUAUCUAACCUGGCUGUAUUGAACGAAAGAGUGGGUUCUCAAGAUUUCAUGUGUAUAUCUAAUAAUGGUGAAUCAGUUGUGGACUAUGUAUGUAUUCCUCAUGAGAACUUAAAUACGAUCGAAUCAUUUUCGGUUUUGACCAUGCCACAAGUUAUCAAUGAUGUUCUAAUUCAACCUAAUGCCAUAUCAGAUGAUUCAAUAUUAUUAUGGGAGGUUGAGACGACUGUUCAGAUCGAAGUACCGAAACCAUAA